GUUAAUUUGUGAUACGCUGAGUUCCGAGUUUCGUUUCUGAUUGUGUCAUCUUCAUGAUUCUUCGAAUUGCAGAAUCAAAUUUGAAAAACGAAUUCGUUCACUUGCCAAAUCAAAGAACAGCUACAGAGUCGAGAGUUGAGAGAGUCAGCUUGAUUCGUAAUUUUCUUCCUGGCUAAGAAACAUCAGCCCGACCAAAUUUUGCAACUAUUGAUCUGCGUCGAAUUUUCAAAGAAUGGAGGUUGAGACGAUCAUAGGGUUAAACGGAUCAGAGGUAAAGAUCGGUGAUAGCGUCAAUGAGAAAGAUGAAGAAAAGAAGAAGAAGCAGUCAAAGGAUCCCGAGUUUUUAAGCUGUAUGAUGCAGCCGGCAACAGCCGAAUCAGAUCCACAGUACGUCGGAAUCCGCCGAAUCCUUCUCCACCGGAAAGCUGAAUCUGGCGUUAUCUCUCGCCGUUAUGAUUGGAGAUGCAAUGGGAAAGGAUAUGUUGCAUAUCGUAAUUUCAUAAGCAGACCUCGAAAAUGGGAGAAUUUGCGAACGCCAAGCCUCUUAAGCAGCCCAGGAAACAGUGGUCGAUGGUUACCUUCUCCGAGUCCUCUCUCCCAUCAGUUUGAAGCGGAGAGCUUUAGUUCAAGUAGGGAUUUACGGAGUGUCAAUCAGGCUUCGAGCCGAAGAGCUAGUUUUAGCUCGAGUUUGAGUGAUGGUGAUCAUCCGUAUCGUCGUGGUGGUGUUGAACAUGCUUACUCUUUUGUAGGAAUGCAUUGCAUCUUCGAUCAGUGCAAAUCUUCUGUUACUGUUCUGAAGUUUGGCCACAUGAGUUCUGAUCUACUUGCAUAUGGAGCAUCAGAUGGAACUUUAACAGUUUGCAAUCUCUCGGAAGAGCCUUCUGUUCUCAAGCAGUUGACAGGACACUCAAAAGAUGUCACAGAUUUUGACUUCUCGUCAAACAAUCAAUACAUCGCAUCGUCAUCACUUGAUAAAACGAUACGAGUAUGGGAGUUGUCAAGAGGUGUUUGUAUAAGAGUUAUAUAUGGAGUCUCUGCACAGUUUUGUAUCCGUUUUCACCCUGUUAAUAACAAUUUCCUCUCUGCUGGCAAUGCAAACAAGGAAGUCACGGUCUUCAAUUUCAGCACUGGUAGGGUUAUUAAAAAAUUGAUGUUCGACGGUGAGGUGACAGCAAUGGACCAUGAUCAUACUGGCCAAAUCAUUUUCUGUGGGGAUGGGCAGGGAACUGUAUAUUCAGUGAGCAUGGAUUCCCAUAACGGUUCAUUAUCCCGUUCUCAUCGCCAUCGUACUAAUCACAAGUCCCCUGUCACAACCGUGAAGUACCGAAGCUUCUCCCUCCUUGCAUCAGGUCCUGUUCUUCUCACAUGUACUCAGGACGGAAACUUGUGUUUCUUCAGUGUUGCGCUUCAGAUAAAAGGCUAUCUGACAUUGCGUUGCUCACUCAAAUUAGCUCCACGAAUACACAGAAUCCAAGCAUCGUUUUGCCCUCUAUUAUCUCUAGAGAAAGGAGAAUACAUAGUUGCUGGGAGUGAAGACUCGAAUGUCUACUUCUACGAUCUAACCAAACCGAAACACACAUGUGUAAACAAGUUACAGGGUCACAGGUUUCCAGUAAUGUGCGUUGCGUGGAACCAUGGAGAGAACUUGUUGGCUUCGUCUGAUUUCUAUGGUGUUGUUAUUGUAUGGAAAAGAGCAAAGACAAGCUCAUAAGUUUUGUCUAUAUUAUAAAGGAAUCUAGUUUUUACCUGAAAGCUAUUUGAAUUUUGCUUCAUCAUCUCUAAUCUUAAUUGUUAUAAUUUUAGUUUAAAGUUUGUUAAUCGUGCAAACUUAAAACAAGAUGGAUUCUUGUUUGGUU